GUAUUGUUCAGUAGACAAUUACCAGACCAGUCAAGAGAAAAGUGGUAUAAAAAACCUUGAAUUGUAUAUUUUCAAAUCGCUGUAGUUUGCGGUAAAGCGAGUUAAGCAUUGAAAGUUAUGUGAGUGCGGUUAUAUUGUUGCGAACGUUGUUGUCUUUCGCAAGACUUGUGCCCCGGGUAAGUUUAUUAUUAUUUUGAGGUGAUGUAAAUAAAUUUCCGUUUGCUGUAUAUAUUCUUGUUCUUAGCAUUUGAAUGUAAAACUUAUUUACAGAAAUAUAUAGCGUAUUGUGUAACAAGCCUUAGCUAUCUGUUGACUAACGUUUUGCGAGGAUAGUAAUAUUGAACGACUCCCUAAAGCCAAACAUUGAAUUCAAAAGCCGCAAACUAAACAUUGUGUCAUCGAUAAUUUUGUUCGCACAAAUUAAUGCUCUAGUCUAUCUGUUCAAUUUUGCUAUUCUCAUGUGAGAAACACGCGAUAUUAUCUGUGUUAUAUCACAAUAUGAGACGGUAUUAUGUAUGUUUAAGCCGAUGUUAUUUGAAUAUUUUCUAAAUGAAUAUAUUGUGUUUAUAGCGUCUUGCUUUUAUAAAACCCAACUGUGAGGCAGCAUGCUUCGAAGACACGUCGUGUUAGUUUUAGUUUAAGAAACCAGAACUUUUGCACUUUUGUAAAUUGAUUCAACUAUAUUUAAAGAUACGAGACAGUAGAGUACGUAGAAAAUAUUGCCUCUUUGUUAAAACACUUGUGAUGUUUUGUUGAUAUUGUGCAAAUUAAUGCCGAGAUUCCAUGUGAUAUACUGUAACAAGGUAAAUGUGUUUGCCUAUACUCUAUAGCGGUUUACAGCUUACUUGUGGCGUUCAUUUUAUGAAAUCUGAACGAAAAGUACAAUAUUUUUGUCAAAGCGCUUUGCCUUUUUGGCAUUAUGUCAUUGUAAUUUCGUGCUUAUAAGCUUGUAUUGUUGCUACAGCAGCCUAAAGUGUGCCCUCGAGAAAACAAUAUAUAUGAAUUUUUCAUAGAUAAAGGACAUAUAGUCAAGUGUCUUUCAUAUUUUAGUGUUGGCGCAUGUGAUAUGAGAUCCUUAAAUCUUAACAGCGACGCUUCAAUGUUUCUUUUUUUUUAUGUUUGCCAUUUUAUAUUUUGUAAUGCGUUUAUAGCGAAAUGUUAUAUUUCUGUGCGCUACAAACAAGUGCUCAUUUACUUUCGCGUAAAGUCUAUCAAUAUAUAAUAUUUAUUGAGCGAAAUUGUGAUAUAAUGUUUCCAUAAAUGUGAUAAAAUACUGACGCGUUAUAAACUAGAUGUAAACAGAUCAUAUAGCUAUUGCAGCGCGAAAAAUAAGAGAAUGAUUUAAGGAUAAUGGUAACUAUAACUUGAGUUUUGCUGGCGCCACGUUAUUACGAAUUUUAAUAAGAAACUAACAUCCAGCUGCUAAGGACAAAAGAGUGAUUUUUUCCUGAAGCUGUGGCUGAUAUUACCAAACAAUAUCAUGAAAAAAGCUACAGUAAUGCAAUGAUUAGCACUCCCUCCGCACUGCACGAGAGCUUUCAAAUGAUUGAAACUGUUGUCACAAUACAUCUUUCAGCAGUAACAUCUUGCAAGGCAAUUUUCGAGAAGUUAAUGAAAAGCCAUGUGAACAAACCUCACUUUGCUCAUGAAACGCACAUUAUUUAAUAGCCUCACAUAUUUUUAUUUGAAAUUUGAAUCAUUGGCAGUGCCAUGGAAAGAGAAGUUAAGGGGGGAAUGGUACUGGUAGUGAAUAGUAUUAUGCACAAGUUUUUCUUGAACUUAGUCUUAAAAUAUUUAGUCUUAUUUUUAACUUUAUAUACAAAUCUAAUUUUGUAUGAUCUUCAAAAUCUUUAUUCUAUUUCUUUCACUUUCCAUCCUUUAAGAUUUCUAUCCGAGUUGUAGCGGAGGUUGCCUUGUGUACCAUGGCCUUUACUAUUAUACUUUACUUUAAUAAUAGAAUUUGAUUUUAUAGUUUGUUAUAUUUGUUACCAAGGGCUGACAGUAAUUGGUUUAUACUGUUGUGGUGUCCCCACCAUUCCUUGUGAGAUUCAGUCAUGUGCUGUACAUGUUCUGCUGUUGUAAUGUCAUGUUUCUAUGUACUACGUUUGUGUUGGCAAAGUUUAAUAAAUAAAUAAUGAAAAUGAUGUAGAAUCUCAGACAAAAAUGCAAGUGAAGCAUUUCAGGGAUUUUAAAUUUCAAAAUGUUCCUGUGGAGGUGCCCCUUACUUUAGAGAAUCCCACCACCCUUCCUCACCUUGUCCCCAAGUAAAGGGCCAUAUAGUUUGCAGACAAGCAUGUUUCCAAGGGAUCAUCACUUCAAGAUCUGCACUUGUCAAAUGAAACCCAGUGGUUACUGUCUGAAUCUUACCACAAUCUCUACCAAUUUUCCAUUAAAUCCUGUUGUCCCGCCUUGCUUAAUACAAGUCUUACAUCAGUCUUACGUUAUUAAUCCUGUUUAACCCAUUAAGCUGCAGAGCUUUCCCAUUGAUGAGUAAAAUCGUUUGGCAUUGGGCAAGUAAAAAAAUAAGUAGGGCACACUAGGGUGCAUUGUGGCUCAAUGCGUUAACUAGAGAAAUUGUCAGAUUUUAUGGUUAAGUUAACCGUUAACCCAUCACUGGGAAAAAAAUGUGAAAUCCAUACUAUGAAAUUGAAAUUGAAAGACUAAAUCCAUAGUAUAUCCAUUAUAAUCCAUACUAUUUCCAUACUAUAUCCAUAGUAUAUCCAUUAUAAUCCAUACUAUUUCCAUACUAUAUCCAUAGUAUAUCCAUUAUCAUCCAUACUAUUUCCAUACUAUAUCCAUAGUAUGGAAAUAUACAAUUAUUAUGGAUAAUCAAAAUCCAUUCUAUUUCCAAUGAAGGUCCAUACAAUUUCCAUUCUAUGACCUUCUAUGGUCUAUUAAGCUGCAGAGCUUCCCCAUUGAUGAGUAAAAUCGUCUGGCGUUGGACAAGUAAAAAAAAAUAAAUAGGGUGCACUGGGGCGCAUUGCUGCUCAAUGUUUUGAAAAUCUUGUAUCCCACUUGAAAUUUUAACUCAUCCCACAAAAUCAGACAGAGCUUUCCACUGGCCUUCCACACAAAACACAUGAAAUUGAGAUUUUUAAGACCAUUUUUUCUUGUAGCAAAUUUGAGGUAAUGAAAGUUUUUCUUUGGAUUCUACAUCAAUUUGUUUCUCUUCAUUUCUUCAGUAUAUACCCUCACCCUUCUGACUAAUUGCAUCACAAAUACUUCCUUGGCUUGGGAGCCUCGUGUAUUUGCGGGCAUACGAGACAGUGAGCUGCAGCACCCCAGUCAGUGUUUACUCAGAUUCUAGUAUAAAAUCAGGCAUUUGCUAGCCCUGCAUAAUGGUAUCACUUAUUUUGUCAUGAUAUUAAUGUUGAGAUACGAGCAUUAUGGUCAGAGUUUAAUGACUCAUAGUUUGAACUUGUUUCAUUGAAUGGAAAAUUGCAUGCAGUAGAGUGAGGGCAUAUCUUAAAGAUAGAAGUCCCAGAAAUACUCAUUUUAAGAUUGACUUGCAUUUCUGUGCAUCUGUAUAGGAGACGUUUUCCUCUAUUCAUCUUCUAUUCAUUUGUCAAAAAAACCCAUGAUAAUAUCUAGCAAUUUUAAUCAAUGUUGGGCAACCCCCCCUAAUUUUUUCCACCUUUGUGAUAUGGUGUAUGGAAUUAGGAAUUCAUAUCACAAACCUCACCCAGUACACAGUCUAUGUAGUACAUGUAUUAUAUUGCAGGCACAACAACAUGAUGACAGAAUAGGUUCUGUUUCCCAUCCAAAUAUUGCCCGCUCACCAAGAAAUCCCCCAGUGUCAUUGAUCUAACCCAUUUAGUUGCCCCAAUGCCAUCCUACUUUAUUAUUUUACUCCGUCUAACACCAGAUGAUUUUACUCAUCAAAGAGCGCUGGCACGUUAAUAGAGCUAUCUAUAGAAGGGACAGGGGGCAAUUUGCCAAUAAUAAUAGGGUGCCCAACUUGAAAAUGACAAAAGCUGGAUUGGUCUAGAUCACUAAAGGGGGCCCUCGCCAAAUCGUUUGGUAGCCCACUAUUGUAGUCAUGCAGAGCAGAAAUUUAUGAAGAUAGCGUGUAUUUACGUAAAAUGAAAAUUAACAAUUCUGGGAGAGACAGUGUUCAUACGUGGCGACCCCCCAAACUAUACUUGAAACCUCUUUAUAUAGUGCACGGGCACCUCUUUAAUAUCUACAGACGAGUAUACUGUUAUGGUUCAUACGUUUCCCUAGUCGUGAGAUAAAGUUACAUUAUUACUGAUCUAUUAUUACUACUAAUAUGGACACCCUUUAUUGUGCGUAUUACGGGAGUUAGAUACCUAGAGACCCUAGAGAUAAAGACAUGCCUACCUAAGGCCGACGACUGCAAAUGUCUGUAGUUGCGUGCAUACUGCAUAAUAGUAGGGAUCGCGCACGGCCAGGGGUCUGGUAUUGGUAUUGGAAGAGGCUAAAAUCAGUAGUGUUUGUUUGAAUACAUAUUCCUCAAAAAUUAUUUGCCCAACUAUUUGAAAUUUCGUGUGCUGAACAAACUCAUAUUUGUCUAAAUACUUGCGGAAUAUCAACCUCUAGCAUUGCGAACUUUCGAAUAGACGUAGUAUUUUUAUUUGCAUUAUGCAUCCACCUAUAUUUAAAAAGAUAAUGUAUAAAAAAGACUAAGAAUUCGCGUGUAAGAAAAUGUUUGCGAAACUGUUUUCACUGUAAAUACCAAGAAGUUGAAGCAACUCCAAAAUUUUGAUUUAAAUUUCCUUGAGAUAUUUGCACUGUUGAUGUGUCGAACAUGUUUGCGGAAAAUACGUGAUAUGCGGAAUAAAAUCUCCACCUAUAAGAAGAUUAUAGUAUGACGAAGAUUCAUUAGACAUUAUAAGAGGACAAGAAAAUAUUUAUGUAAUGAAUUUAUUGUUUACGUAAAUAGAGCAAGUUGAAAGAUCGAUAGACGGGAUGUGUGGUCUUAUUAUUGAUUCAUCAUGUAUGCCAGCGCUGAAAAUAAUCUCAGAAACUUGAUGGUCAUGAUGACUACGCCGGUCAAGUACAAAAUCCUCCCGGUCAAACACAACUAUAUAACAUUUUCUUUUAAUUUAAUUACUUUUACAGCUGAGCGUCCAGGUUGCAUCUUAUAUUUGAUAAUAUUUAAUGAAUUUGCGCGGUUUAAUCAAGUGGCGCGGCCAAUAUUAAAAUAAAAUUCCAGCACAUGUAAAUCACGAUAUCUCAUUGGCUGGCAAAGGGAUUAGAUUACACGGCUUACUUCAAUUUAUACCUCUUAAGAUACAGUAUGCUCACUGGCAAAAAACAUCACUGCCGCUGUAAUAAUAUUUACCCGCUCAAAAUGGUCAUUGAAAAUAAAAAAGCUGCGGCAAUGUCCUAAAAUCUCCGCUAAUGUCACGCAAUUUUUAACACAUAGGACUUCUGGAAUGCACAGUGGUCAAUAAUUCAUUGUUUGAAAAUUACGUGACGUAAGUACUCUAUAAGAUCCGCUAACCGGCCGUAACUUACAACGUGGUCAGUGCCUUAUCCCUUUGAUUGCAUGUAUUUUAGACUUGCUAAUUGUAUUUCUACGCCUUGGUUUCUCAAAGCAUACGAGAUUUCGAGAUACUUGAUUUCCGAGCUGAUUUCUGCUCAUCUCAACGCUGAUUUCAAGAUUCCUAAAAAAUGUUUACUCAAACUUGGAGUUAUUUGAAAUCAAAAUGUUGUUAUUAUUAUGAAAUAUCAUUUGAAAUUACGGUAAAAAAUGAAACAAGCACAACUAUUUAAGCCUUUUGCAAGAACUUUUGUUUUUUUUAUAAAAUCAUUUGAUUUCUAGUGAUUUCUAGUUUAUUUCCUGCUUUCUGAGCUGAGUACGAGAUUUCUGGCGGAAAUCUCGCUUUUUUUAUGACCAUGGUGCUCAUGUUGGAAAACAUGUUCAUUAUGAUUUAUUAUCCAUGGUAACUUUAAAACUACAAAACUAAUCUUCUAUAAAAAUAAUCGCUAAGACGUGAACUAAGCAGCGAUAAAAAUUCCACACAUGUUUUCCGAAGGUUUUAAAAUUAAUUUCAUACGUGCGCGCAAGUAAGGGCGCCUUGCCUACCCGCGUCAUAGACUUUAAUAGAGUCUGUGCAACUUCGGCGACAAUCUCGUUCCCAGAGCAUGUUCGUUUGCAGGUUCAAAGUCGUUAGUUCAAAAAACAUCAUGUGACUGUAUAAAGUUCGUCCUGUUCAGAACAUAGCAACGGUAGGAUAAAAAAACCCCCGAUUUUCUAUAUACACACGAUACAUCCGUUUUGCGCUUUCUAGCCCCCCCCCCCUUCCCAGGCUCUCUCCUCUACACUCCUAUUUACCAGAAAGUCAUCAGCCUCGUUUUCACGUCACUCUAUUUCUCUCGACAAAACACAAUCGUAAAUGUUUUCCGUGAGUGGAAAUUUGGAAUAAAAACUAUAUAAAUUAUAAAUAGUUGAUACUCAACCAGGAACAGUGGGGAAAAAUGCAACUACAGAGUGUAUCAGAAAAAAGUAGACAAUUUUGAAACGGCUCUUAAUUUCACAAAUCCGUUCAUGUCAUGAAAUUGUUGAUAAAUAUAGAUUGUUUGGGUACUUAUAAUGUAGAAUAAACAAAACAAUUUCGUACAUAGAAAUUUCCCAGAGCCGGGAGGGUGUCUUUUUCAUAGCAGCAUUAUGAUUAAAAAUAGCUUGCGCAGGGAAAUUUAUUUAUUUACCCUAAAAGUCUACAUUCAAUACUGAACAUUAUAGACUAUAACUAAAUUAUAAAUACAAACUAAUACAUUAUAAACAAAAUUCAGACACACACCAUUUUAGACACUAACCAUUUUUGAAAUAGCCCCUUUAAAGGAUUUUAAGUGUUUCACUUAAAGCUACUUGGCUGGGCAGUUUAUUCCACUCCUGCAAGGUUCUUGGUAUGAAAGAAUACUUAAAAUAAUCGCACUUAACGGUAGGUAUUCUAUAUGCGUAGGCAGAUGAACGAGUAGAACUAUAGUAUAGGUGAUCGGUUGUAGCACACAAGAAUCUAUACUAGCGAAGUUAUUUCUGAGCUUAUAAAGCAUUGUCAAGCGAGCGAUUGUCCUUCGAGAUUGCAAUGUUUUCCAGCCAAGGCAGCUCAACAUGACAGUAACACUAUCCUGACGACCGUAACGGGAGAGGACGCAUUUUGAGUUCAUUUUGAAUGCAUUUUGAAAACGCAUUUUGAGUUCAUGGGCGACAAAUUUGUUAUGUGUUGUAUUAAUGGUCCAAAUAUCAGAAAAUUUUCUCAAUUUUAACUACUUUAAAUAGCUGCUGAAACUUAAUAAAGCACAUAACAAAUUUUUCGCCCAUGAACUCUAAAUGCGUUUUAAUCUUUUAAACUUCCCCUCGCAAGCUAUUUUUAAUGCUGCAAAAAAGACACCCUUCCUGCUCUGGAAAAUUUAUCUUUACAGAAAUUUUAGAUGAUUUUCAUCGAAUGUUAUUUUAUCAACGUCUUGGAAAACAUUGCAAUCAUUUAUUGAUGUUUGUAUUUAUCAUUGCGUUGUUACUGUAGAUCAGAAUGGUUGAGAUAUCUUGGGUGUUUGCCGUCUUGUUGAUAUUAUUGCAAGGGAACUGGCUUGCUGGAGCUCAAGGUAUGAGUUGAUAGACUAUGUUAAUUCUGAUAAAGAUUACUGAGAGUCGAAACAAACGCCAGAGAGACUAGAGUUAAUAGCGAACACGGGAGAUCUUGAACGUUCUGUGCCAGUCAGUGCCAAUCAUAACACUUUGGUUGAUAUAGAUACAACUACCUGAAAAAUACAAGGAGAAUUUCAGCGUUUCAAGCGAAGGCCCUUCGUCGUGUAGUUACAUGUUUACGACUUCCCGACUGAGUGCCCUCGCUCCUUGAAGUUCUUCUUGUAUUUUUUGUGCAGUUGCAUUCCUAUCAAUCUGCAGUUUUGCUAAUCACAGGAAACACUAAGUACGCAACAACGAGGAUUGUUUUUUGAAGAUAUUUCAACCUAAUUUCAACAUUUUAAGUAUCAUCGGGAUUAAUGUGAUACUGCCAUACUGGGCUGGAUUUUGUACAACAGUAGCUGGGGCGGGGGAUUGAAAGACUAAUUAUCUGAAUUAAGGGGCGGACAGAAAAAAUAUCGAGCAAUACAUAUUUUAUAUUUACUCGCGAAUAAUCUUGCAAAAGCCUUCAACGACGAAAAGAGAUCGAGCAUCAUUAGAGGUUAAAAUAAUAUCGGGCUCAACGAAAAUCUAUCCCCACCCCCGCCAUCAGAGAUCAAAUGGUCCGCCCCUGAUUUGUUAUCACCGUAUUGGAAAUUUGUUAUUACAUAUAUAAAUGGCUAUCAGUCAUUCAUGGUUUGUUGCUUAGUAUAGUUAGCUUUAGAAGUUUUUAAGGAAGGGUGAUCACACCUUAUUGUCCCUGGGUUAACGAUCAAUUUCAUUUCAGCGCCAACCAUCACCCAUCAACCACAAAAUACGUACGCAGUUAAAAGUGGUAUUGCAGAAUUGAUCUGUGAAGCUACAGGAACAGCUCCACUAAAAUAUAAAUGGUAUCAUAAGGGUGUUCAAGUUCAGAGUAAUGAGCGAAGGAGAGUUCUUAGUAAUGGACAUUUAUAUAUAAAACGUGUGGUGCACAAGAGAAAGAAAGGUAUCUCGGACACUGGGGAAUAUUACUGUACUGUGACAGAUGAUGAUAGACGAGUUACCAAGAGUAGAACUGUUAAUAUCAGCAUAGGACGUAAGUAUACUGUAGAAUAUAUACUGGAUGUGGUAAAAUAUAGACAUCCGGUACCAAAUUACAGACGAAAAUGAAAACGAAAUUACAGACUUACAGUUUUUUGUGAUUUAAACUGCUCUCUGCUGUGUAUUGUCUCACGAUCCUUGUGCCAUACACUAAACAGACAAUUUCUUAUGACAAAAGUGACGUAUUGUCCAAGUACCACCAUCAGUAUCCGGUUAUUUUCAGGUACCAUCCGUUAUCCGGCAAAGCACUAUCCGACAUAUCUCUAUUAAUUAUUAUUAUGGGGGUUUUAAAUGUUGUAGUGUUCUAACUAAUGUCCCUCAAUCAUGAAAACAUUAAACCUAACAUAUUAUAUAUAAGAGGUCUCUAUUCGGCCCACUGUUGUUUCUUAUGAUAUUGUUAAUAAUAUUUCAACAGAAUGUUUUCUAUUUGCCGAUGACUCUUUAUUGCUUGACGAGGUAGAGUCACCUGUCGAUUCGGCUAGGAAACUAAAUUGUGACCUUAGCUCGAUCUCAACGUGGGCUGACCGGUAGCUUGUCACAAUGAAUGCCGAAAAAACAGAAAGUAUGAUCUUUUCAGUUGAAAAGGACAAACCAUUUCAUCCUCUCUAUUUAUCAAAUGUGUUAUUAGCCGGCCUAUUCACAUUAGAGACGGACAAGUCGUCUAGACGAACAAAUCGUCUCUCAAAAAUCGUCUUCACAGACGGACAAGUAGUCGAACAAAUUCAGACGACUUGUUCGUCUAACAUUUUGUCCGACACGUUUUCACAUCUGAUGAUUUGUACGACUAAAAGACGAUUUUGAGACGAUUUGUUCGCCUAGACGACUUGUCCGUCUUCUAAUGUGAAAACGGCUAAUCAAAGAGGUUUUUCAGCAUGAGCAUUUAGGCGUUACACUUACGUUUAAUCUCUCAUGGCGUUCUCACAUUUUAAAAUCCAUCAAAAAGCCUCAAAACGUUUAAAUAUGCUUAAACCUAUGAAGUUAACAUUGACCAGGAAAACACUUGAUACUUUGUAUAAAUCUCUGGUUCAUUCAUGCUUGGAAUAUGCAGAUAUUGUUUGGGAUGGUUGUAACGAAACUGAUAAUGAUCUUCUUGAACAACUCCAGUAUGAAGCAGCUAGAUUGGUUACGGGUGCUAUAAAGGGAACAUCUCGUGAAAGGUUGCUUAAUGAAGUAGCAUAUGGGUCAAAUUGAAAGAAAGACGCACCUAUCAUAAGUUAAAUAUGAUUUAUAAGAUAGUUAAUAAUCUUGCACCAUCCUAUUUGCAGGAACUCUGUCCCGUCCAAGUUAGGUCUAUAACAGCUUACAAUCUCCGUACCGGAGAAGAUUAUCAUAUCCCACAUGCUAGGACUGAACGUUUUAAAAAAUCUUUUUCAGUUUCCUCAGUCAAACUUUGGAACACUUUGCCACUUGACGUUCGUAGCUCUCACUCAUUAGCUUGUUUUCGAAACAGCUAUAUGAAGUGGCAUAAAAUGCCAAAAAUUAAUACUUUAUUUACCACUGGAAAUCGCAUGGCUUCUUUAUUGCAUACUCGAUUUCGUUUACGUGAUAGUACCUUAAAUUAUCAUUUGUUCUUGAUGAACUGCGUGGCAUCACCAAUGUGUAGUUGUGGUUUAGCAAAUGAAACAGAGCUCCACUUCUUUGAAUGUAAUCGAUUUGCUGCUGAACGUCGUGUUCUUUUUGCUGCCGCUGAACAACUGCUCGGUACUUUAUGGUUGAACUCGUCAACUUCAAUGCGCUAUCAAUGGUUUUUAUAUGAACAUCCUGAUGUAACUUUAUCAAUUAACUUUAAGCUAUUUUCACUUGUGCAGGACUUUAUUACUAAUUCUAAACGUUUUUGUUAAGACUUAUAAGGAGCGUUCCUUUUGUAAAUCUAGAUUUGGAUUUUUAGGAUUCGGAUUCUUUGGAUUCGUCAAACAAAUGGAACGAAUUAUGAGAAUCGGAAUUCGCCUGCUGUUUUCCCGCCAUUUUUACAAUAAGUUUUCUGUCCCACUAUACCUUUCGGUCGGGUCAAGGUCAGUGGUCAAGGUACAUGCUAGAAGGCCAGAAGCUCGAAAGAAACGUUGAAUCCUAAUCAAGAUUCAGAUUGAAUCCGAAAAAUCCAUAUAUUGAGGUGGAUUCAUUAGAUUCGAAUCUAUUUUAAGAUUUUGUCAAAUGAAACUGAAAAUCGAUAAUCGCAUUUGAAGAUCCAAAUUCGGAUUGCACUAAAGGAACGCACCCAUAUAAGUGCAUGUAUAUACAUAAUAUUAUGUGUGAUCUUUGUUGUGUUAUGUUAAUCUCGUUCUGCAUUGUUUUGAUGUGCAUGUUUCUGCCAUUCGUCUGUUUAUCCUACCUAUAUGUCUGUUCUAAGUAUUUUAGUCCGAAUGUGAUGUCAAUUUAUGUUAACUUUGUAAUAUUGUAGGACAAGAUUUCUCUAGAUAAGCCUGAGGCUUUUAGAAAAAUUGUCCUUUUUAUUAAUAAAAUAUUGUUUAAAUCAUAAAGUACGCAAAUACAAUAAAGUUGGUGAGAAACAUGCACACAUGCAAGAUGUUUACAGAUAUAGAACCUAUAUGUACGUGAUUGUGUGCUUAUGACAGAUACACUUAGACACAUAUAGAACUGUCUCUCCGAUAAUUCCCUAUGAAUUAAGGUUGCAUUAAUGGUUAUUUUCAAACGGCAAUGUUAUACAACACAAAUUGUUGGGAAUCGUAUGCUUGAGGUUGGCCUAAGUACACUGCAGAAUGUAACUGUACGUACUACUGAAAAUGAUUUAAGCUGGUUUUCCACUUCAAUCGUAACGUAUCGUAGCAUUUUCUUUUGUGUCCAAGUCAUUAGUUCCACUCUAGUGGUCAGAAAACAAAGAAAUACGCUUCGCUACGAUACGGUUGAAGUGGAAACCGGCUUUAGUGUUUGAACGAAGGAAUGAGCAAAUGAGUGAGCUAACUUUCACGACGAUUUUCGCAUCUGAUAUUCUGAUACGAUAGUUACUUACUGCAAGCAUAUGAUUUUGCACUCUUGCAGGAGAAUGCUAGUUAUUUACUGUUUGUUGGAAUAGUAUUUCGCGUUCUUGGUUGCUUAGUUUGCAAUGUGUAAUGUGUUUUUGGUGAAACGUGUAUUACUAAACCGUUUUUACUCAGCAAAAUACAUAAAUAUCUACAUAUGCGAGUCGACAUGUAGAAAGUCUAUGACUUCUCCUGUUUUCCCAUGAAAGCAUUUCGGAGUGCGUUUGUUUUGCAUCGUGCAUGAAGUAAUGUAACUACAGUCCUCAAGAUUAUGACUGGAAACAUGACGCGUUACAUCGGGCCACAACGUACGUUGGUGCUUGGGUCAUUCUUUUUUACUGUUACGUCAUAUCCAUGUUCAUUUUACAUCAUCCAGUAACGUGUUUCCAUUUCUUAUUUCAAAGAUAUCCGUAAAGAAUUUCGCGAGCACCCAAUGAGUCAAACUGUUUCUCGAGGUGGUGAACUUACAUUAACUUGCAUUUCGCCGCGAGGGAAACCUAAACCUAAACUACGAUGGUUGAAAGAUGAUAGAAAUGUCGUCGUAGAUGGCACUCGAAUAUUGCUGGAACAACGUUCAAGACUGGUUAUUAAAAAUUUUAAGAAAGAAGACGAGGGAAGUUAUCAAUGUGAGGCCACGAAUGUCGCUGGCAGGAAACUCAGUAAUCCAGCUGUUAUUACAAGUACAGGUCAGUGGAAUCAGAACCACAGAAUAGAGACCAUACAGAAGCGUAAUCGCCGUCACGCAAUGAUUCGUCAUCAAAAUGCACGUAGCCAGCACGCUUAUGAGAGGCGUUUACCCUCCCCCUGAACGCUGUGUUUUAUUACGCCCUGGUUCACCCUCCCCCUGAACGCUGUGUUUUAUUACGCCCUGGUUCACUCCCCCCCCUGAACGCCCGCCAUUUUCAAUAUUUCCAGGGAGGUGAAUGCCUCUAGUAAGAGUACUUGCUAUAAAACAUGGCGGUAGCAUUACAACUGUUACGCCAAAAUCAUAGGCGCCGACAAGAAGUCGCACUUCUGUGUGGUCUCUGGUCUGUGGCAGAACUACACAACCUGAAGAGAAAAAAACUUUACGUGGUUAUGAAACAUCCCUAUCAGCUCUAAUUUUUUCUCAUUUAUACUGGUUCUUACAGCCGGAAACCUGAACUAAACUAACGCUAUUCAUUGUGGAUAGCCCCAUCAGAUGUCAACUGGUUCCCCUACAGUUUAUUUGUUCACCAGUCCAGCUGUUGAGCGUUACUACGGGAGGAAACCCGGGGAAAACUGCAGUGUUUGAUAGAAAACUACGUCUUUCAAACCCCAGGCGCAGAAAUGAAAGGCAAAUGCAUUAAUAAACAAUUGUACGGGGCAGAAGGGAAUGAAAAUAAAAAUUAUGUAGAAUUGGACAUAAAAUCGUUGACAAAACCUUUCGGGCAGUAGGGCAUCACCAACCCUCUUUACCCCUCGCGCCCCCUUCAUAAUGUUGUGUUCAGGUCACUAGACAGUGCAAUACGUUCUCAAUGUAAACAUGAUGUCAUACAACAACAUUGCUUGGGGGGAAAGGGGUAUAUUUGGUUAUUUAUGAAUCUUAAUUUGGAAUCAUUGAAUUUUUGACAAUGUUUUUGCGCCCGCGGAGCGUAUUGCACUCGAAAUUUUGUUUGAGGCGGACGGACGGAUGGACGGAUGGACGGACGGUAGGAGGGAUUGAUCAAAACGUCACUGUCGGUGCGUGGUCGAUAUUAGUUCGUUGCAUUGUCGUGGCUCGAUGGUUUGAAGUCUAAUUACGAAUGAUGACAAGAAUGGAUCACAUUACAUGCUAUGAAGCUAAGCGUCUGUGCGUUCAUACAGUAUAUUGCAAAAAGGCAAAGAAUUUUUGGUUUUGCUGAUUUCGUUUGCUUUUGGUUUUCGUCUACAUUUACGGUAAGUUUAUGUUCUUGGAUAUUCUAAUCUUAUGUACGUAGAUUUUGUGAACACAGACCUGGUUUGAAUUGUAUUUUAAUACCGAGGUGUUUACGUUGAUAGACAAUAGUCAGUACACUGAUGUAUGUAAAUUGCAAUCGCUUUUGCAUGACAAGUUGCUCUCAAAUUUCACUUUACUUUUCAAUUUUUAUUACAAUAUUAAAUGUGAAUCCAAUAUAUGUAUAUUUAAGUAUUUCAAAUUAAUUAAUUUUAUAAACGCUAUCUCGUCUUUUAAACUCCGAUUGGAAUGCGAGCGUGUACAAUCCUGCACUACAUCAAUUUGUAAUAUUUAAACUACAUCAAUUUGUAAUAUUUAAACUACAUCAAUUUGUAAUAUUUAAACUAUAUCAAUUUGUAAUAUUUAAAGGCCUGUUUCACACGUCGUGCUUCUCAUGUGCCGAACGCAUUAGAAACGAUAGAUAAUGAGGCAUUUCAGCUGAUUAUCCGAUUGUUUUUAAUGCGUUCGGCAUUUUAUUUUGAAGACAUCUUAAAAUCAAAAUUCGAACAAAAUAAUAGAAGCAACUGAAGAAUGAAUAGUGAGCUAUAGACAGUUUCCGGCUUGUUUAUAUUUUGCAGAGGCAGCUCCAUCCAUUGUGAUUUUACAGUGUUACAACAAAUUGUUAUUAUAACGAAGCUCCGUGAGGCCUUUCAAAAACACUUGCUUCCCAGGGGUGGACAUGUGGAAUUUCUAAAUGCUGACUUGUGAUUUUUUAUUCCAUAUCUAAGCUUUUAAUUACUUGGUUUUUAAAAUGCAACUAAUGCAUGAUUUACAGAUAUUGCACAGCACCCAUAAUUGUGUGGAACGGGAGGUUCGGUCCGAUCCCACAAAUUCACAAACAAGAUUUAGUAAAAAACACAUUUAGUAAAUAACAUGACCGGCAGUUAUUUUGGUGAAAACUACCUUACGGUUUUCCAGCAGAAGUGAGACCUCUGUAUGUCACACCGUGAUCAUGCAAAAAUAUCACUAUUUCUGAAAACUUUAUGCCUGGUCGUCACAUGACUAUUUAGGUAUUUCGAGCGAAAACUGGAAUCCAAAAAGUGAAGCCAGCUAAAACCAGCUAGCUUGGCGUUGUAACAUAUAACCGCGCCGACAAAAACAAUUGAAAGAGACUGGAACUGACGUCCAACAGCUCGUGUGCCGAAAUUCCAUAUUUUGACUUCGAUGUAAUACUAUCAUUUAUAUGAUGUAAAAAAUAUUGUUAUGAUUUUAUGAACUGAAACAGAAAACUUGAUUAAUAAUACGGUUCGUUGGAAUAAAACUAGAUUUAGUGAAAAAUGGUAUAAAAACUGUUUACGAACUUCAGAGCUGUUGGAUCAUUUGGAUGUCAAUGGCAGCCAUCUUGACUUCACUUUUCACAUUUUCUCUUGCUCUAGAUAUAUAGAGAGCUUACUGGUUAGGAUCAGCAUAGCCUAUCUUGAGCCUAUACUCACGCCUGAUCUGCUGAACUAUACUGAUAGCUGGCGCAUGUACGCUCAGCGUACCUAUUUUUCAAAUUGCCCGAACAUGUUUUGUCAAUGAUUGUAGAAGCUAAACAAAUGACAGUAGUUAUAAAAUUUGAAAUGUCGAAAAAAUGUCGGAAUAUGCUAUUAUUGAAGUGAUUAAAAUUUAGAUAUCUGUGACAUAUAUUCGCAGUUGAACUGUGGAAGAGAAAGUGAAACCAUCCUAAAUUUUUUAUUCUAUCAUUUCACUAUUCCUGUUGUAUUUCUAGUUCCUCCUACGAUAACCUCUUCCCCAAAAGACAAGAUUGUUGAUAUCAGUAUAUACAGUGAAACUACAUUAACUUGCAAAGCUGACGGUGUACCAACUCCUAAGAUAAUCUGGAAGAAAGAAGGAAAUAACACAAUAUUACCCAGUGUUGAUGGAACGUUGACAUUAACCAAGUUAAAACCAGGAGAUAUAGGAAAAUACAACUGCAUAGCUUUUAAUACUGAAGGAAAUGUCUCCGCGAGCGUUCAUCUCAUGCUGCAAUGUAAGGACAUAAUGUUAAUGGUACAUACAUAUUACAUAACGAUUACAUCAAGUAUUAUACCUCAAAUUUAAAUUGACCAAUCAGAAAACAGCAUUUGUACCAUGUGACGCUGUGCCCAUUGUGGUACCAGUAUCCCUCAAUUGUUUGGAUUAAUUUUUAGAAUCUAUUUUCUCACUUCAUUAGAUAUUCAUAUAUUCCUGCUGGUAUUACUCCUUUAUCUUAAAGCGUGAAAAUACAGUCAGUGUAUAAAUAUCAUCUCGUAUUUUUUCCAGACGUCCCUGAGUUUACAAGUAUAUCACCUAAUGUGAAUAAAAUGGAAGAGUCAACUGUGAAACUAAAAUGUGUAGCAAAUGGCCAACCCGAUCCUUCAAUAUACUGGCGUAAGAGCGACAGUCGUGACCCUUAUACAAUCAAUCAUUGGUAUGGAAACAUUCAAAUUAAGAGAGUUGACAGGACAUUGCAUCUUAUUUUCAAACCGUUGAAACUAUCUGACGCUGGCAACUAUACCUGUGAAGCUACUAAUAAGAUAGGGACUAAGACACACAAUGUGAAUGUUGGUGUAUACAGAAAGACAGAAUAUGCUCCGAGCAUUGUCACACCACAAGUGAAGAUUUCUGCUGAUAUAAACAGUAAUGCUACUAUCAUCUGUGAUGUAGAAGGAAAUCCUAAACCAACAGUAAAAUGGUCCAAGAUUGGUCAAGAAGGUGGUCUCAAUGGUGAGAUUUCUAAAGACGAAAACAUAGGAAACAAACAUCGUUAUAGUCUGGUUAUCAAUAAAGUACAGAAGAGUAAUGGAGGAACAUUUCAGUGUAUGGCCAGUAAUAAAAUUAAAACCAUUACCAAGAGAAUUGUACUGCAAGUUUCAAGUAAGUUCAUUAUCGGCUGUUUAUACAAACGAAUGAGCAAUACGCGAAUGGGCGAACGAAUGAGCAAUACUCGAGUGAGCAAUACUCGAGUUAGCAAUACUCGAAUGAGCAAUACUCGAAUGAGCAAUACUAGAAUGAGCAAUAUUAGAGUGAGCAAUACUCGAAUGAGCAAUACUCGAAUGAGCAAUACUAGAAUGAGCAAUACUCGAAUGAGCAAUACUAGAAUGAGGAAUACUCGAAUGAGCAAUACUAGAAUGAGCAAUACUAGAAUGAGCAAUACUCGAAUGAGCAAUACUAGAAUGAGCAAUACUAGAAUGAGCAAUACUCGAAUGAGCAAUACUCGAAUGAGCAAUACUAGAAUGAGCAAUACUCGAAUGAGCAAUACUCGAAUGAGCAAUACUCGAAUGAGCAAUACUCGAAUGAGCAAUACUAGAAUGAGCAAUACUAGAAUGAGCAAUACUAGAAUGAGCAAUACUAGAAUGAGCAAUACUAGAAUGAACAAUACUAGAAUGAGCAAUACUAGAAUGAGCAAUACUCGAAUGAGCAAUACUCGAAUGAGCAAUACUAGAAUGAGCAAUACUAGAAUGAGCAAUACUCGAAUGAGCAAUACUCGAAUGAGCAAUACUAGAAUGAGCAAUACUCGAAUGAGCAAUACUCGAAUGAGCAAUACUAGAAUGAGCAAUACUCGAAUGAGCAAUACUAGAAUGAGCAAUACUAGAAUGAGCAAUACUAGAAUGAGCAAUACUAGAAUGAGCAAUACUAGAAUGAGCAAUAAUUGUACAUUUCGAGCGAGAGCAUUUCCUGUGAUAUUUAAUUUUGUAAGCAUGUGCCUAUUAAGCCUGUGUCUAUUAAUUCUGUAAUUAUUUGGUAUAUUUUCUAGGAAAGUUACAUUUGUCUCAGCCAAUCAUUGCUGGUGUUCCAAGCAUGCCUAAGAAUGUGAGAAUCGUUGAAUAUAACGACAAGUCCGUUCGUCUCAGUUGGGGUCAUAGUGACGACCCUGUGGUAGUUUAUGCGGUGGGAUAUAUCGAUGUUGAUUUGAGGAGUAAUGAAAAAUAUGCCGCUUUUGAUGUUGCCCCCAAUGCUGAUCAGUACGUUGUACAAGGAUUGAAAGCGAACACAAGAUAUAUGUUCUUUGUUCGUGGCAUAAAUAAAAUAGGUCGUGGUGUGCCUAGUUUACUCUCAGAUGUCGUCAGGACCAAAUUAGCUGCACCCACAAGUAAGAGACCGUCGGUGGCAUCUGACAAUGAACAAAUAAACGCAUUGUCUAUUCUCACGUGAAACGAGUAUUAAAAGGUUUCAACCAUACUUCAGCCAAUCAGUGCGAGGCUAAUUCUAGGAACCUGAUUGGCUGAUGAGAUUAAAAACCUGUCAAAUGUUUUUGACAAACAGUAAAGUUUCACAUGAGAAAAGACAACAAUAGAGAGAUUCAGAUUUGAAUCUCACAGGCUUAGUACGCAUCUGAUUGGUUAAUCGGAUACAUCAAACGCAUCUGAUUGGUUAAUCGGAUAUUUCAAAUGCAUCUGAUUGGUUAAUGGUCUUUUAAUGGUAGCGGUAGUGAAAGUGAAAUCUGAACCUCCGCCAUGAAUUAAUCAGUAGUUGUAUCAAGAUCUACGGUUAUCCUACGUUUUCAUCUUUUUUGCUACUUUCCUGCCACAUAAAUGAUUUAAAGACAGUUAUUUCUACCUGACAACCAGAAAUCAGCUCUUUGUAAAUCUAGCUUUUGAAUGUCAUGCCAAUUAUCGCUAAAAGCCUGUGUCUAUAUGCUGGGUGAGAAAUAACCGCCUGUUGGGCUUAAAAUGCCUCAAGAAUGUCGUAAUGUUGUCCAAGUUUUGGACAGUAGCAGCAUUUGGAGUCUUUUGGACGAGGGGGAAAGGGGUAUAUUUGGUUAUUUAUGAAUCUUAAUUUGGAAUCAUUGAAUUUUUGACAAUGUUUUUCAAAUUGCCCGAACAUGUUUUGUCAAUGAUUGUAGAAGUUAAACAAAUGAUAGUAGUUAUAAAAUUUGAAAUAGAGUUAUGUUGUCGAAAAAAUGUCGGAAUAUGCUAUUAUUGAAGUGAUUAAAAUUUAGAUAUCUGUGACAUAUAUUCGCAGUUGAACUGUGGAAGAGAAAGUGAAACCAUCCUAAAUUUUUUAUUCUAUCAUUUCACUAUUCCUGUUGUAUUUCUAGUUCCUCCUACGAUAACCUCUUCCCCAAAAGACAAGAUUGUUGAUAUCAGUAUAUACAGUGAAACUACAUUAACUUGCAAAGCUGACGGUGUACCAACUCCUAAGAUAAUCUGGAAGAAAGAAGGAAAUAACACAAUAUUACCCAGUGUUGAUGGAACGUUGACAUUAACCAAGUUAAAACCAGGAGAUAUAGGAAAAUACAACUGCAUAGCUUUUAAUACUGAAGGAAAUGUCUCCGCCAGCGUUCAUCUCAUGCUGCAAUGUAAGGACAUAAUGUUAAUGGUACAUACAUAUUACAUAACGAUUACAUCAAGUAUUAUACCUCAAAUUUAAAUUGACCAAUCAGAAAACAGCAUUUGUACCAUGUGACGCUGUGCCCAUUGUGGUACCAGUAUCCCUCAAUUGUUUGGAUUAAUUUUUAGAAUCUAUUUUCUCACUUCAUUAGAUAUUCAUAUAUUCCUGCUGGUAUUACUGCUUUACCUUAAAGCGUGAAAAUACAGUCAGUGUAUAAAUAUCAUCUCGUAUUUUUUCCAGACGUCCCUGAGUUUACAAGUAUAUCACCUAAUGUGAAUAAAAUGGAAGAGUCAACUGUGAAACUAAAAUGUGUAGCAAAUGGCCAACCCAAUCCUUCAAUAUACUGGCGUAAGAGCGACAGUCGUGACCCUUAUAGAAUCAAUCAUUGGUAUGGAAACAUUCAAAUUAAGAAAGUUGACAGGACAUUGUAUCUUAUUUUCAAACCGUUGAAACUAUCUGACGCUGGCAACUAUACCUGUGAAGCUACUAAUAACAUAGGGACUAAGACACACAAUGUGAAUGUUGGUGUAUACAGAAAGACAGAAUAUGCUCCGACCAUUGUCACACCACAAGUGAAGAUUUCUGCUGAUAUAAACAGUAAUGCUACUAUCAUCUGUGAUGUAGAAGGAAAUCCUAAACCAACAGUAAAAUGGUCCAAGAUUGGUCAAGAAGGUGGUCUCAAUGGUGAGAUUUCUAAAGAUGAAAACAUAGGAAACAAACAUCGUUAUAGUCUGGUUAUCAAUAAAGUACAGAAGAGUAAUGGAGGAACAUUUCAGUGUAUGGCCAGUAAUAAAAUUAAAACCAUUACCAAGAGAAUUGUACUGCAAGUUUCAAGUAAGUUCAUUAUCGGCUGUUUAUACAAACGAGUGAGCGAUGCUCGAGUGAGCGAUGCUCGAGUGAGCAAUGCUCGAGUUAGCAAUCCUCGAGUUAGCAAUCCUCGAGUUAGCAAUCCUCGAGUUAGCAAUCCUCGAAUUAGCAUUGCUCGUUGAGUGAGCGAUGCUCGAGUUGGCAAUGCUCGAGUUGGCAAUGCUCGAGUUAGCAAUACUCGAGUUAGCAUUGCUCGUUGAGUGAGCGAUGCUCGAGUGAGCAAUGCUCGAGUUAGCAAUACUCGAGUUAGCAAUACUCGAGUUAGCAUUGCUCGUUGAGUGAGCGAUGCUCGAGUGAGCAAUGCUCGAGUUAGCAAUGCUCGAGUUAGCAAUACUCGAGUUAGCAAUACUCGAAUGAGUAAUAAUACUUCGACGUUGCAAUCGAAAACAUUUCGUGUGAAAGGUAAUUCUGUAAUUAUUUGGUAUAUUUUCUAGGAAAGUUACAUUUGUCUCAGCCAAUCAUUGCUGGUGUUCCAAGCAUGCCUAAGAAUGUGAGAGUCGUUGAAUGUAAUGACAAGUCCGUUCGUCUCAGUUGGGAUCAUAGUGACGACCCUGUGGCAGUUUAUGCGGUGGGAUAUAUCGAUGUUGAUUUGAGGAGUAAUGAAAAAUAUGCCGCUUUUGAUGUUGCCCCCAAUGCUGAUCAGUACGUUGUACAAGGGUUGAAAGCGAACACAAGAUAUAUGUUCUUUGUUCGUGGCAUAAAUAAAAUCGGUCGUGGUGUUCCUAGUUUACUCUCAGAUGUCGUCAGGACCAAAUUAGCUGCACCCACAAGUAAGAGACCGUCGGUGGCAUCUCACGAUGAACAAAUAAACGCAUUGUCUAUUCUCACGUGAAACGAGUAUUAAAAGGUUUCAACCAUACCUCAGCCACUUGGCUGAUGAGAUUAAAAAACCUGUCAAAUGUUCUUGACAAACAGUAAAAUUUCACAUGAGGAAAGACAAUGAAAAAUGUGCUACCGUUCAUCCUACGACAAUAGUGAGGUUCAGAUUUGAUUCAGAUUUGACUCUCACAGGCUUAAUACGCAUCUGAUUGGUUAAUCGGAUACAUCAAACGCAUCUGAUUAGUUAAUCGGAUAUAUCAAACACAUCUGAUUGGUUAAUGGUAGCGGUAGUGAAAGUGAAAUCUGAACCUCCGCCAUGAAUUAAUCUUAGUAGUUACGUUGUAUCACGAUCUACGGUUAUCCUACGUUUUCGUCUUUUUUGCUACUUUCCUGCCACAUAUAUUAUUUAAAGACAGUUAUUUCUACCUGACAACCUGAAAUCAGCUCUUUGUAAAUCUAGCUUUUGAAUGUCAUGCCAAUUAUCGCUAAAAGCCUGUGUCUAUAUGCAGGGUGAGAAAUAACCACCUACUGGGCUUAAAAUGCCUCAAGAAUGUCGUAAUGUUGCCCAAGUUUUGGACAGUAGCAGCAUUUGGAGUUUUUUGGACGAAAUAUAGUGGAAAAUAAUUAAUUUUUUUGCUGAUAUUUUAUACCUGUACUUAUGUAGGUGGAGUUCUGACGCCCCCGACGCUCCCGGUUAAGAAACUGCCUAAAUUGAACAUCAAGUUAAGCCCAGGUGGAGCUGGUGAACUUCGUGUAAACUGGCAAAAGUUGGAUAAAAGUGUCGAUAUUGCUGGCUACUAUAUUUACUGGAAAGUCAAAGGAUCCGACUUCCAGAGAGAAACACUACAAAAUGAUUUAUCAACACGCUACACGAUUUCAGAUUUACAAAACUCCACCAAGUACAUUGUACGUGUUCAGGUGUUUACGGAAGCUUUGAAAGGUCCCAUGAGUAAAAGCAUGCAUCAACGGACAUCAAAUAAACCUGUGAGUUUAAAGAUGGCGGUUACACAAAAUGAUUCGGAUAGUAUGACGGUUACAUGGAAACGACUGUGGAAGAAAAACAGUGGUAAAGAUACCUUGAAAAAGUAUACUGUAAGUAUCGUCAGAAUGCAAUCUCUCAACCAGGGCCGUAGGAAGAUCGAUAAUUGGGGGGCUCAUCAUAUAUUCGUGUUCUGCAUUACUCACUUCUUUUGAAAUCGAUUGUUUUUACGGUCUGUAAACAUGAAUAUAUGAAUAUGAGCCUCCCCCCCCCCCCAACUGUCGAUCUUCCUAUGGCCCUGGCAACCUCGUUCCCAGGCUGUUUUCUCUUAAGAGGAAAGAGCCUGGGAACGAGGUUGCGGCCCUGGGCCCUUGACUGGUAUACCCAGAUUAAAAUAUAAGAAUUCAAGUUUCCUUUUAUUGGGUGUGGGGUCCAUAUUUCAAGCAUUUUCACAACGGUUGAAAAACCCCGUGGAUAUUCGGCCUUCAUACAACCUCGGCUGGUAACUAUUCUUUAUGAAAGUCAACACGACCUUGUCAUGGCAAGUAAUCAACAAAAUACUAUCCCUCCUAGCAAACAAUUUUGAACAUUUGCAAUCAAUAUGUAAGUAACACUCACCGAUGAUGCCGUACAGGCAGAACGUAUGAAUCAUACGCUAUUAGAUGGGCAAGGGUUGGAGGAUCAUUUUUAUUAAUGAUUCAGAUAUAUCGUGCACCAGAUGGUGCUCAACUGCAUUUAGUCAAGCGAAUAAUGUGAAUUCUUUUCAUUAUAUGGACAGUGGUGGACACUCGCUGGAAAUGUUUUUUUUGCCUUAAUUAACAUUUCAUGCAAUAUAGAGCUUAUAUUUUAGCCUACCAAGGAUUUCACGGUUGAAAUUGUUACAACAGCUUUGUUAAACAUUGUGUUUGCAUUCUAGAUUUGGUUUACGUCAGCGAACGAGGAAAAGCAAGGUCGAAGGCGGAAAAGAAACGAGGAAAGGAAAGAGAUCGUAAUUCCAGCUUCACUUGAACGAUAUUAUCACGUGAUUGGUGAUCUAACUCCCGGAGGUAGCUACAACAUCCGGAUGAGCGUGAGCACUACACUAGGGCGUACCUACAGCAGCCCAGAGAAAAGUAUUUUAUUACCAUCACCAUUCAUGAGCGAAAAGAAAUCAACAAUGGAACAAAUUAAAGAUUUUAUUAUUCAGCCUUGGUUCCUGGGUGUCCUGGGAGGUGUAAUACUCAUAUUGAUCUUGAUUCUCGUACUGUGUUGUGUAUGUAGACGUUCAUCUAAUAAGAAAGAUGUUGAUAAUCUACCCAUUGAGUUACAGAACACAGAGGCCGUUCGUAAAACUACAAGGUAAGCUUGUUUACUGUAUUUAGUGCUUGCUUUGGUUUUUAGUUUUGUUUGGUUUGGUUUGGGGCCUCUAAUGACGGGAGUACCAAAUACAGUCCUGAGGUACUUGUCUGUCACAUGUCAACAUCUUAGUAGUUUGUACACAUGUAGCCUGCGUAACAGGCGUUUAGUGCGGGCGGGAGAAAAGAGGGCGUCGUUAAAUAAACGCCUGCCCAAAUGCCUAUGACAAAUUUGUUCUUCUCCGAAGAAUCUUCGGAAAAGCUUCCCAUUGGUUAAUCUCGUUAACGGAAGUAAUUACGUAACUCAAAUGUCAACAAUAAUUUUGCUCGCGUAUCGAAAUAGCGAUAGCCGUAUAUGGCUCAUAAAAAAACUCUUUCUUAUAUUUCAAGUAUUUAGGCUUCGAAAUUGAGUUGAAACCAGAACAGAGAAAGUCUAUUAUUAAUUUGCUACGUGGUGAAGACGCCGGUUAUCGCGAUUCUUCCUACGGGAUACGGAAAAGUUUGAGUUUCAAUUAUACAUUUAUAUCGACAAAUUAUUUUUAAUAGCUCUGAUCAUCUGAUGCCAGCACGAGCAGGGAUCGAAUAUUUCUUAUAGUUGUCUUGAUAUUUGUCGAGGCUACAUUACUUGCCGGCAUUGCAGCUAUGAAGUUGGACGAUGAUUUUAUAAAGAAUAUUAACAUUUCAACACACGCUCAACUGUUAGUGGUUCAGAAGUCUUUUAAAGGAUAAAAGCUCUGUUUUGUUGUGACUGUUGUCUAAAAUAGCUUCAAAAAGUCAUUAAUAAUUCAUGAGGAAAACGCAAAAAAAAAUCAUAAACGUGCCGUAUCUUUAUAUGUGAUAGAGAUUUUCCUUGUUUACAUAAACUUUAACUUUGAUUUUCUCGACAUACACAACGAAUUUUUUGAAAGUUACUUCGCCAAUGAACUUACUAGAAUUAAAACAUUCGCAGUGCGUGUUUUAUCAGACCAUCUUUAUUUCUGAUAAAACACUGCUGCUCAUGUUUUAAAUAGUAUAGCAAACUGCGCAUGUUUGUCACUUGCUAUAGAUGAUCAUUCAAACUCAGUGCAUAGGAGUAAUGAUUGACUUGCCAGCCAUGGUGUGUGUUUAUAAUCUUUUUUAGUAGUUCAGACACGAGUCGCGAAAACCACGAUCCAUCCUAUUGUAUAGACUGCUACAUAAACUAUACUCUCACGAACUAAUAGUUAGUUGCUAACUUUUUAUCGAAGUUCAACUUUUCAUCUAAACAUCUGGCUUUAUCCAAACAUAAUGCCAUCAAUAUAUCGUGGCUAUACUGUACAUACUGUGGCGACGUUAAUGUUCAUGCAUUUCUUUGGUGUUUAGUGAGGGGACAAGCACUGAAAGUGAUGUAUUAACUCCUGUAAGUCGUGCAGCAAGAGAAAGUCUUUCCGAAUGUGGAGCUGAAAGUUAUGAUGGACGAUCUAGCAGCGUAUACAGAUUCAGUAAGUUCAAACGUUUUCUCUUCAAUAUAUUUCAACAAAAUUCACGGCAACCUGCUAAAUGAAUGCAAUCCCCGAACAAAUUACAUUCGCGAGAGAACGUUUUGAAACAACAGGCUAGUUUGUCAUCAUGGAUGGUUUGAAUCAACCAUGUUUUGCCUUUGUGAACCGAGAUGGUGGGAACUAAUUCAACAUUUUUAGUCGUACCUGACUGGUACUUGAAUGAUCAUUACCGCGUACUUGAGCUGGUAGAAACUUGUAAAACUCAAGGACAGUAGGUGUACUUAGUCUUUAAAAUGAAGUACAUAAAGUACAGUUUUCUGAAAGGAAACCAUUCAGUAACUUGAAAAGUUAUAACAAGGAGCACAACUGUAUAUCCAAACACUACAGUCGAUUCCAACAUUCCUUAGAACCAUCAGUCCAAACAUAUUUCAUGUCUAGAUCUGUCAGGCUUACACAUAUACCUACUCGAUGACGGUUUUGAAUACCUUGGGUAUAGAAAGGUCAUGUCAUGGUACCAGCAAAAAGUAAGUACGCAGAUAGCACGAGUUGCGCGUACCUACUUGGAACUUGGUUGAAAACAAAGAAGUGCCAGGCCGCAAUAUUGGCGUACCUCCGGUACGUAAGUACGCGAAUUAUCGCACCCUGUGAUAUCUUGUAUCUCUGUAUAGUAGAGCCCAGUCCUCACUACGAUACAAGCAUAAUGCCUGGUUAACACUAUCAAAGUUUCUGUGAUCACAGUAGCAAUUUUGCAUUGGUAAAUGAAGGAUUUGUAAGACUUUUUUAAGGGGACUGAUUCACUGUUUAACACAUUUCCUCAAACAUUUCUUACAAAUUCUUCAAAACUUACCGAUGCAACAUUCCUACUGUGAUCACAGAAACUUUGAUGGUGUCAACCAGACUUAAACACAAACAUACCAAGCAUUAUUAUUAUAGAGAUGUUCUAAUGUUACAAAAAUGAUCUUUAAACAGUUAUUACAUUCAAAUAAUUAAUUGAUAGUUAAAAUGAUAUUUUCCAGGUGAUUCUUCAAGGACACCGACAUGUAGUAAUUUGGACUUCCCCAACAUCGCCAUUACACCGAAUAAAUAUGAAAGAAUGUAUCGAUCACUGGAAGCGAGAGGAAAUGAUAGUGGUAAGACUUGAAACAAUAUUCCUGGAAUAGAAUUAUUGGAAAUAUAACUGAUGUUACUCUACAUAUUCCUGGAAUAGAAUUAUUGGAAAUAUCAGGAUGUUGGGCAUCUCACUCGAUACAACUAAUUGUUGAAGAGAUUUUGUAGAUGGAAAUUUCGAGUGGAAAUCUUAAAUAAAUUUAUUAGAUCUAACCAGAAGUAGUUGCGAAAAAUACAACUAUAAGUCCCUGACAGGAAUCGAACCUGCGGCCCUGCCAUUCCGGUGCAGUGCUCUAACCAACUCAGCUACAAGCCGCAGAUUCGAUUCCUGUCAGAGAAGCAAAAGUUGUAUUUUGUGCAACUGCUUAGAUCUGAUUUAAUGCAAAACCCUUCUUGUUGGAAAUAGAACUGGUUUUACUGUACAGUACUUGGUUAAAUUAUGUUAUUGAUUAAUCUUUUCUCUGAAAGGUAACUAACUACUGUAUACCUUUUAACACACCUUUACUUUAACCCAUUAAGCAGUUCGUGGAUUUAAAAGAGUCAACAUUCUUCAGCUUGGUAAAUUAGCAGCCUCUAAAGAAAAAGAGGGACUUUUACCUAUUGCGAUUGUCCACAUACAUACAGUAUAACGCAAUAACCAACCCGAUGAUGAUCCGCUAGAUAGUUAACGGCAAACUUCAAAUCGUAUUUUGAAGUCAACUGUUAUAGCUGUUCGAAGUUAGGGCAAUUUGUGCAUGAAAAGCUACUUAUGUAGCUACUUAGCUGUCGAAAACUUAACAACUUACCUUGUUAUCGAAAACUUAACAACUUACCUUACCAAAUGUAUAAGUUUGCGGUUAGCGGUUCUGUCUUAAACAUCAAUCUAAAGGAAUAACUUUCCCCUCGUUACAGGAAUAACGUUCCCUUCGUUACUGGAGAGGGCUCUCCAAUAAUCCCGCUCUCAAUGGUGCUAGAAAUAAUGCCCCUGUAACAAUAGAGGAUUUACGAUAAUAGUUUUGCACAAUGUGUUUUGGUUGAAAAUAAAUAUUUCUUUCUUCUAGUAAAUUACGGUGAUCGACAAGCAAGAAAAUAUUCAGAGAAUGAUUUUGACAGUCCAUCACGAUACAACCACAGAGCACGCAAUCCCUACUCCCCUGCCCCAAGACCUUCAUGUCUUAGCAUUGAUAACCGCAGUGAUUAUGAUAAUGCAAAGCCUAAAUGUGAAAGCACGCCUGAACCUGCAAGCACGAGAACACCCGCAGCUCGCAGUCCUUACCCUGGCGAGGCCCCGCCUGAUUAUGAAACUGCAAUCGCUGAAAACUCGAUGGACUGUAAUGAAAAGAAGAGGAGUAAGGAACCACGUGGUAAUUAUAAUGAUCCACGUGAUAGUCACAUGUCGUAUAAACAUGAUAGGUAUGGGAACCUACCAAGCCGACAGUCUUCAUGUAGUCCUGGGAGUGAAUGUUCAAAUCAAGGUAGUUCUAUAGCAGGACGUAGGAAAGGACUCAAACCUCCACCCCGGUUAACAAUAGCAAGUGUAAAUUGGGCAGAUAUGCUUCCCCCACCACCCUCUCACCCUCCUCCCGCUAGUGUGGCCACGCGGUCACCACCUCCAUCACCAACCGCUACAUCAAUGUGUAGUGAAACAACAUAUGGUCGUUCCCAUGCCUCUUCAUUCCAUCCGCGCCGCUCAGGCUCUGCUGCCUCGGACUUCGAGAGAGCAGACUCUGUACGGAGUGGAAAAUCGAAAGGAAAGUCCGAGAAUAAACUACCUUUCGACCUUGCUGGGAUUACCAGUGAUAUUAUCAUGCAGUGGGCAGACUCGGUGACAAAUACGAGUGGUUCUGAAGAUGAAUCACCUUGCUCCAGUCCUGAUCGUAAAAGUGGGAUAAGUAGUGACGGUUCAUUCUUAACUGACACUGAUUUCGCCAACGCUGUCAAGGCUGCUGCUGAGUGUGGAGGAUUUAAUAUUGAUAUUGAUCUGAAUAUGUAUAAAGCGAUGGAUCCUAUCAGUUUUCAACCGUUUGCAGGAAGCUUAUCAACUUACAACCCUGAAAGCAACAGCAGGUACAUAGUUGGAAAUAAAAUAGUUUUGUUCAUAAUAUCCCUACCUGUAGAACCAGGAAUAAUGUCAUCCAGUGUCACAAGAAACAGCCAUAGGAAAUCUUUGGAGCUGUUUUAUUAGGGCCUGUAAAUAUGAGCCGGGCUAGAUUGCUUUGCCGGCCCAAGUUGCUUGUUUCACAUGAGCUGGGCUAGCCCGGCGAGGACGCGAUAUUUGCUUUUGGUGGGAAUCUUUUUUUUUUUAUUCGCAAAAUGCUAUCAGAAGUCUUAAUAGACCUUUCUUAUCAUGACCUCAAACGCGGAAAAACACGCGACGUCCCAAGGGACAAUACAAAUGAUGUUUUUAUGAAAUUUAUUGGCUCGCCAACGACUUGCAUUGACCUGUGGGACAAUGCAUAAUAAGAAAGGUCUAUUUUAUCGUCCUUGUUUUGAAUUUUUAGAUUCUUUCUAGAUGGAAUAAGGCAUGUGUUGUGACACAAUGGCCCACUAUGUGCGUUUAUAUGAGUCCGGGAAGGUGAGAGCGAGAGCCCAGGCAGACUGGGCUGGCUCGAUUCCCAUGUGAAUCAAACCUCGAAAACAAAACAAUAUAGGAGGCGAGAUCUCGCUACUUGUAAGCCAACCCGAUUUCCUGGCCAGCCCAGCUCACAUGAACAAGCCCUUGGUAUAAUUAUGAUAGAAAACUGCAGGAAUUGAACCUGUGUUGUAGUUUCCCCGCCCUCCUGACAUUGUCUACAUUGUAAAACCACGUAUGAUGAAUGUUUCUUGCGGAUAUUUCUUUGCAGUAUAAAACCACCAUCAAAGAAAACUCCGAGCAAAGACGGGGAUGGUUUGCGAGAUUCCUCGCGUGGACGUCGCGCGAGGUCUGAAAACUCGCGAGAUGGUAACUUGCCCUCAGUUAAAGAAAAUUCAACGUAUGUCUCAACUAACACGCCAGAAAUUAAGAGCAAUGGAAAAUCAAGAAAUGUUAACGAACUGUAAGUAACUUAUGAAUUUUUUUUUUAAAAACAUCGAAAUUUCCUCACAAAAAGGUCGCCGUCGAUGUUAAUAGAGUAAAACAGCAACAUUAGUUUGUACAAAAAGGUCACUUUUCAUCACAAAAAAGGUCACUUUGAAAAAUGAGGGGGACGUGCUCCCCUCCCCCGGUUCCUACGCCCCUGCUACCUGACCAAAAGAUGUAGGAUCCAGUGUAGGUAGUGUUCUACAGUGAACUCCUAUAUAUGGUUUGUGUCUGAACUACCUGGAAAAGAUAUCUCAAUGGAUGGGGUCCACUCCAGUGUUCUACACUUCAGUGGUCUACAAUAAGUUGCCGUGGUUUUUGUCUGAAACUUCGAACAACGCCUUGAACUUCAAACACACGGCAGUGAUACCCGAGCUUUAAAAACACUUGGACGUAAGUGUCGUUGCGUUGGUUUGCUCCAAAAAGUGAAAGAAGCAUGCCGUAAAUCUGCUCUUAAUAGUUCUUCUGAAUGCCCAGUCUUUUGACCGUUCAGCCCAGUCUUUUGACCGUUUUCUUGGAAAGAUUUACAGUGAAAGAACAGUGAAAAUGUAGCAGAUAAUGAAUAAGAGUCUUUUCUUUGUGUAGUCCCAACACCAGCAGUACAGGCUACGUGCCAGCUCUCACACGAACCUCGGCAUUGGGCAAACUUGAACCUGUGAAACCUGUGAAAAAGAAAUACGCUGUCGUCAGGAAAUUACCUCAAACUGAAAAUACUCCUGAUUAUAACUAUCCAAGUCAUAGUCUUAGUUCGAGUACCAGCAAUGCCAGUACAGUGCGGAGUAGUUCUUGUCCUCCAGGAAUGUUGUCAGAUGAAGAUACUGAAGACGAUGUGGUGAGUCAAAUCAUUCUCAAUUAUACCGCAUCUGAGGAUGAACGAUUGCAAAUAAAAAUAUUGUCUAUGGCCAUAUAUAAUUGUGACGAUCAAAUCUCUGUGUGUUAAAUGUAAAAGGGCUAGGUCUCUUGAUCUUUAAGUUGUUGUUAGUUGUCGCUUGCAUCGAUUGUAAAUUGUCUUAUGUUAGUUUGUUUUGACUGUUGAAAUUAUUGUAAUUGUAAAGUUAAUUAUGGGAUCGCCGUAAUUGCGGAAACUGUGGCGAACGUCCUGGCGCUAUAUUAGCCGAAUCUCAUGAAAUCAUAAACUUCAUGUAACGAGCAUUUAGCAUGUUUUAAUCAGCCAAUCACCGUUUAACUAGACUUUGUGAUAUAUUGUUUUGGUCGUGUUUUCAAAUUUCGUAUUCGUAUUUUCGCAGCAUGAAGUCGUAAUGUUGAUGAUUUUUCAGCAUUAUGUCAAAACUCCAUAUUUGGUCAGCUUCCAUAUGACGAUUUCACAUUUGCCUGUUAGCCAAUAAAAAACCAUGAAUCUUUUAAAUAAAUAAUAUAUGAUAUGUUUAAUAUUAUUAUUUUUUUAUAGAUAUGAUGCCAACCAUAUCUCUGACUGUCUUGGAGUUUUACCAAUCUGGAAAGACCCAAUGGGAAAUAUGCAAACAUUUUAGCCACACGUUAGAAACUUGUUUGUGUAAAACAAUGAUAGAGUGAUCUAGCAAAUGAUCUAUAUAUAACUCGUUUCAUAUUCAGAUAUAUUUUUAUCAUACAUAACUAGUUGAGCAUCAAAGUAUGUGAAUUCUCGUAAUUCCUACAUUAGUGAGUUUGUAAGGCUGCUUUCCAGUCAAGUGUUUUUCAGACGCAGAAAAGUUUAAAUGAAUUUCAAAGUUUCUUAUGAAAUAAUUAAAUGAAUAAAAGCACAGCUUUUAGUUUGGUGUAUGAUUUCAAGUGUAUUUGUUAAUUAAGGUAAUUAGUACUUUGUGUUACAAAGAUUUCAACUUUUCCGUGAUACGAAAAACGCUUAACUGGAAAGCAGCUCUUAGGUUUGACUACCACUACCUUUCACUCAGUACGCAUCUGAUUGGUUAAUCUGGUAAAUUAAACGCAUCUGAUUGGUUAAUCUGGUAAAUUAAACGCAUCUGAUUGGUUAAUCUGGUAAAUUAAACGCAUCUGAUUGGUUAAUGGUCCCUUAGUGGUAGCGGUGGUGGUCGUGAAAUCUACACCUCUCUCUCUGUUGUAAUGUAAAUGACGUUGAGUUAUUAUAUCAAACAUUCAACUCACUAUAUUUUGCUUUGUUGUCUUGAAAUUGAGA